CUUAGAUUUUAAAAUGACUAGAAUUUGGGUUUUGAAGGCUAAGAUCGGGCGAAGUGGUCUUGGGCUGGAUCAGUUCUUGGCCCGCUCUCGCUGUGACGUGGCAUGCGCGGAUUGGGUAAGAAUUUUGAUAUCGAAAAUAUUUUUUCAUUUGGGGCAAAAUCGUUUCAACACUAGGGUUCUGUUUCUCUCCAGCCUCUCUCGCGGCGAUUGUUGCCGUCGUCGAUAGUUGGCCGAUUUCGCACCGAUUUCCGGUAAAAUCGGAGCCUAAUCGAUCUUUGCUUCGUUCUCUGCUAUCCCUUCUCGUUAUUCCUUUUAUUUUCCUCUUCUUUUUGCUGAUACACCAUCUCUAGGGCGACAAAGAUCUCCGACGAUCUCGAGGCCACAUCCGACUUCUCCGAUUGAUUUCGCCUCACCCAUCUGGUGUUUCAUCGUUUCCUCUUUCUCCCAAAGCCGUAGGUGAGGUAGCUCUGAAGUUUAAAUCGGAGUAGCAACACCAACAACCAUUUCCUGCCAACUAUAAGGUUCAAGAAGACAUGGGACUUGAUUCUAUGGCUCUGAAGAGGAGGCUGAUAGCUGUUACUUUGGAGGCCCAUUCACCAGUUUGUGGACCUUUGGUAAUGUAACUUUUGGAUUGUGAGUCACAUGACUUUGUUCCUUUUGGUAUCAAUCGAGUAUGUAAGCUAACUUUUGCAAAUUGUAAUCGAAAAUGUAAUGUCAACAGAGUCACAUGUCAGGUUUGGAUUGUAGGCGAGAGUCACAUGUGUUUGGAUAGUAGUAUUAAAGCGAGAGUCACAUGUGUUCGGCUUGUAUUAUUAAAGCAAGAGUAACAAAAUUUCUUAACAUAUAUAUGUGAUUCCUACCUUCGUUUCUCUCAUCAAAAUCAAACAUCCCAUAACUCUCAUAAACACUACAAAAAUCCCUUUCUCUCCUGUCUUGGAAAAACACUUCUCUUCUCUCCUUCUCUACAAUUUUCAACCAUAUAAACCAUUUCAACCAUUCCGUUUUUAUGGCAUCGUCUUCCAACAAUUUUGACUUUCAUAAUUCAUCUAGUAGUGAUGAUGAUUUUUUUGACCAAUAUAUCGACGCACAAAUUGAUAAUCUAUGUGAUGGGAUCGAAGAGGUUAUUCCGACCGAAAGGAAGAAGCGUACUUAUAUAGAAAGAAAUCGGGAAGAAGGGCACGAACAGUUGUGUAAGGAUUACUUCAAUGAUAAUCCGACUUUCACGGAGAACCUAUUUCGCAGAAGGUUUCGCAUGAACAAGCCAUUGUUCCUGCGUAUUGUGAAUCGUCUCGCAGCAGAAGUGUCAUAUUUUCAACCAAAAAAAGAUGCCACUUUCCGGAAUGGUAUAUCACCGCUACAACAAUGUACUGCAGCAAUUCGACAAUUAGCAUAUGGGGUUGCGGCCGACUCGGUUGACGAAUAUGUACGUAUUGGUGAAACGACGGCACGUAAAUGUUUGGAACAUUUCGUCGUUGCAAUAGUUGAUUUGUUUGGCACUGAAUACCUACGUCGACCCACAACAGAGGAUCUUGAAAGGCUACUCUUUUAUGGAGAAAAGCGGGGUUUUCCUGGGAUGGUUGGAAGCAUCGACUGCAUGCAUUGGAAGUGGAAGAAUUGCCCAACCGCUUGGAAAGGAAUGUAUUCACGAGGGACCGAGAAACCAACAAUUGUCUUGGAGGCGGUAGCUUCACAAGAUCUCUGGAUAUGGCACGCCUUUUUUGGAGCGCCAGGUACAAGUAACGAUUUAAAUGUUCUUGCUCAAUCCCCAGUAUUUAAUGACAUUAUUUACGGUCGAGCUCCCCAAAUGAACUACUAUGUCAACGGAAGGGAGUAUAAUUUGUCUUACUAUCUGACGGAUGGAAUUUACCCCGAAUGGGCGACAUUUGUGAAAUCCAUCCAACGACCACAACACCCGAAACAUCGUUUGUUUGCAGAACAUCAAGAAGGUGCACGAAAAGAUGUUAAGCGUGCAUUUGGAGUCCUGCAAUCUAGAUUCGCCAUGAUUAAAAAUCCAUGUCGGUUUUUGUCGAAAGGUAAAAUAGCAUAUAUUAUGAGAGCAUGUCUCAUACUCCAUAAUAUGAUUGUCGAAAAUGAACGAUAUUCAUACACUCUAUAUGACAAAGAAGAAUUCGAACAAGACGAGAUUCAUACGUUUUCAGUCGAAAUGCCUACAAAUCUCGAGGGUCUAGGUGAUGGUCACACAAGAAUUCGUGAUAGACAAGCACAUCACCAAUUAAAAGAGGAUUUGAUUGAGAAUAUAUGGACUACAUUUGGUAAUGAAUAAUUUUUUUAAACUUUGUAUUA